UAUGCAUGUCAGCACAUUAGAGGCGCGUUCUCGCAACCUACUGCGAGAGGUACGACUCGGCGGAGAUCCGAGCAACUCUCGCCUGCGCAGACGCAUUCCAAACGUUUUAGUGUUUGCAUUGAUAGGAAUAGCUUACGAAAGACUAGAUAACUGCACAAUCGUGGCACUGGAGACGGCCUGGAGAUGGGGCUUGCAGUCGCUUGAAGCUGGCCUGCACGAGCCAGCAAACCUUCAGUGCUAGCAGCAUGGCAAGCUGCUCAUUUCUAGACUCAGCGAGUCUUCUUGCGCAGCGGGCCGUAAGCUUGCGCCUUGGUCGACGCGGCACUGGGUGCUCUCAAGCGCUGCUCGCGACCGCAAGGAGGGCUCCCCUAAACGAUAGCAGCGUCCAAGGAGCUGCGAAACAAGCAUCAACAAAUGCGUCUGCACCAACCCAGGUGCUCCAGUCAGUCGACGUCGAUCGCCUGGUACAGCAGCCAAAUGGCAGCGGUCAUGCUGUAGAUGUACACGGCUUGCUGACGCCGCGAGGGCCGAAUGGCCGGAGACAACCGGCCCUAGUCCACAACGAUGGCGCGCUACAAAUAGCGCUCGACAGCCGCGCAGAGCAUGCUGUUGAGUCGCUCAUACCGGCAGUUCGCUACGAGGACUCGCGCGAGCUGCCGUCGCAGGCGUCAGAGUUCCGCGCCAGCGGGGCAGGGUCGGACUCGCAGCAGCCAGGGACGGAGGGCCGCCACGGUGACCAGCCCCCAGUCGCUGGCCGCUCCGCGUCUCGGAGAGGCCACGCCGCCAGCGAUUCUGCAGCUCCUUCUGUCCCGCAAGCGGCGCAGCGUCGACACGCAGGCACUGCAGUAGCAGACGACGAUCAGGGCUGGGGGGCGGAGCUGCCGCCGAGCUUGAGCAGCGCGGCGCGCCAGCAGCCGGCGUCUACCAGCGGUCGAUCCAGCGUCCUUCGGCCGCGGGGGAGACCGCCGAAGCUUCAAGCCAGCGGCGCCCCUACAGCCCGGGCCCCCAGCCCCAACCCGACUCUGGGCCCAGACGCGGGAGGCAGAGUGGACAGCCCUGUCAGCGGCAGCGGUGGACACGGAAGCUCAGGUGGCGGUGGUGGCGGCCGGGGGCCGAGCGGGCACGGGCGCCGAGACGGCAACCGUGGCGGCAGUGGCGGCCUUGCAGAGCAGGAGCUGGUGUCGGAGCUGCUGGAGUGCCGCAACUGCUACAGCCUGCAGCGGCUGCUGCAGCUGCACCGGCAGCGGCUCACCCCCAAGAUGAUCUGCGAGGCUGUGGUGCACUGCAGCCACCUGGUGGCGGAGGAGCCGCCGCGCGACCCGCAGGACCGCCAGGCGGUGGCGGGGCUGCUGGAUGAACUCAUGGCCCGACUGCGAGCAUGCGGGGGCAGCAGCAGCAGUAGCGGUAGCAGUAGCGGUUCCGUCAGCAGUAGCAAUGGUGCUGGCGGCAGCGCUGCACUGGUAGCCGCAUCCUCCUCGUCGGGUUCUCCCUCCUCGUGUUCGUCAUGGGCCCAGGCGGUGGACGGGGGUGACCUGGCGGCGCUGGUGUGUGCGCUGUCCAAGUUGAGGGCCUACAACGGCCCGCUGCUGCGGGAGGCGGCGGCGGAGGCGCGGGAGCGAGUGCGGGGCGGCCGUGGCAGCGGAGGAGGAGGUGGCGGUGCCGGAGCCAUGCUGCGGCCACGGCAGGCGGCGGGCCUGAUCUGGGCGUUUGCGAGGUACCACCGCGACUUCCGCUUCCAGCUUGAACCGGGGUGGGCCGCGGACAUGCUGCAGGCCGUCACCGGCAGUAGCAGCAACCCACCUCCAGAGGUCAGGCGCAGCAACAGCAGUAGCACUAGCUACAGCAGCAGUAGCAGGCCGUGGCCGGCAGCGCGUGCUGCCGACAUCGCGAUGACGCUGUACGGCCUGGCGCUGUUACAUUCGGGCGGCGGCAGUAGCAAAACCCUGGCCAUCGGCAGUAGCAGUAGCAGCAUGGAGCCGCAGCUACAGCCGCAGCAGGAGGGCCAGGCGCCGCCGGCAGAGGCCCUGGAGGCUCUGCUGUCGGCCUCGCUGGCUGGCCUGCAGGGCGAGUCCGGGGCACGCGCCGCCUCUUCCGCCUCUUCCGCUGCUUCCUCGGCUGUUACGGAAUCCGCCGCCGCCGCCGACACAGGCGCGCACGCGGACGCAGCUAGCGGAGAGGCCGGUGCCAACCGUGCGCAGAGCGGUGCAGCGGCGGGCCCCGGCCCCGGCUCCUUGUCUGCGACAGCCGCAUCCGCGCCGACCUCUGCCUCCUCGCAUUUGUCGUCUUCGUCGUCACCGUUGCCGCCGGCUUCAGCCGCGGCCACGGUCGGCGGCGGCUGGUCGGAGUGGAACGGCCGCGAGCUGUCCAUGGCGGCGUGGGCAUUGGCGGCGCUGCGACAUCACCCCGGCCCCGCCUGGCUGGCCGCCUUCCUGGACCGCUGCGAGGCGGCCACACGCACCUUCGCGGAAGGCAGCGCCGUCGCCAACGUGCUGUACGGCUUGGCGGUGCUGCGCGCGCGGCCGCCGCCGGGCUGGAUGCAGCACUUUCUGUGGCAGGCGCAGCGGCGCAUGAACACCAUGGACGCGCAGUCGCUGGCCAUGACCGGCUGGGCGCUGGCGCGGCUGCGCUACCGGCCCGACCGCAAGUGGGUCACCGCCUACCUGCGCUACGUGCGCGCGCGCGUGCUGCAGGCGGGCCGCGACCCGGUGCAGCGGCUGGGGCUGUCCAGCCAGGAGCGCGCCGCCAACCCGCCGGCGCCCGAGGUGAUGGCGGCGGCGGCGCGGCGCGAGCGGCUGCUGCUGGCGCAGCAGCAGCAGCGUAUGAUGCGGCUGCGCCAACGUGGCGUGGGGUUGGCGGCCUCCGCCUCUUCCACCGCCGAUGCCGGUGCGUCCCCUGCUUCAGGCUUGUCGCUGUCUGACGCUGGCAGCCAGCAGCAGCAGCACCAGCAGCAGCUGACGCCGCCGCAGACGUACAACGUGGUGCUGUGGUCGCUGGUGCGGCUGACGGUGCGGCCGCCGCGCUCCUGGCGGGAGGCGUUCCUGGACAGUGUGCAGCCGCGGCUGGGGGCCUUCUCGCCGCCCGAGAUGGGCACGCUGCUGUGGGCCAUGGCCAAGCUGUCCUGGCGCCCGCGCGACGACUGGAUGCUGGACGCCUGUGUGGCCAUGCGCGCCGCGCUGCACCGCUACGGCCCCAGCGAGGCGGUGCUGUGCCUGGUGGCCCUCAGCCGCCUGUGCUCGGCGCUGGGCUACCGGGCCGCCGACGGCGACCUGCUGGACGGACUGGCGGGGCGCAUAGAGCCCUACCUGUCCCGGCUGCAGACCACCACGCUGGUCAGCGUGCUGCUGGCCGGCAGCCGCGUGGCGCCGGCGCUGCCGCCGCAGCGCCUGGCGGCCAUGCUGGCGGCGCUGCUGGCGCGCGUGCGCGUGUCCGGCGCCGCCGUGGUGACGGGCUACGGCGGCAGUGGCACCGGCAGCCCCACGGCAUCCCGGUCGUCCAUGGAUGAGCUGGACGACAUGUCGGCGCUCAUGGCCGUCGCACCGACUGCUGUGCCUGCAGGGCAGCCAGGGCAGCAGCCAGGGCAGCAGCCAGGGCAGCAGCAGCAGUCGGCGCUGGUGCUGACGCCGCGGCAAUGCGCCAACGCGGUGUUCGCGGUGGGCUGCGCCGCGCGCCGCGCCGGCCGCUUCCCCGCUGUGCGGCAGCUGUGCGGCGCUCUGUUGCAGGAGCUGCUGCCGCGCGUGGAGGCGGCCGCCGGUGGCAUGAACGGCACCGACCUGCUGCUGCUCCUCCUCGGCGUGGCGGCGGCGCGGCUGCGCCUCAGUCCGGACUGGCUGCGGCGGCACGAGACGCACGCCGCGGCGCGGCUGGCGGCUGGCGCACUGACCGGGGUCCAGCUUGUGGAGCUGCACCGCGGCUACCGGGCGCUGGGCUACCAGCCGUCGGUGCUGCCGCUGCCGGCGGCGGUGGCGCAUGCGGCGGCGGGGCAGGCGCUGCGGCUGGCGGGCGGCGGGUCCUCGCGGCGCGGCGGCGCAGAGUGGGCGGAUGAGGACGAGGAGUACGGGGAGGGCUCGGACGCGGACUCGGAUGAGGAGGACGCGGAGGGCGAGGCGGAGCAGCGGGAGCACGCCCGGCCGCGCGGCAAGCGCCAUCUCCGGGCGUAGGCGCAGGCGCGGUCACCAGGCUGUGACCGAGGAGCGCCUGGCUAGCUGCCGCUGCUGGGGAUGCAGGGUUCGUGCAGGUGCAUGUGUAGAUGGGCGGGGUGGAGGUGUGGUGUCUGGCGAGAUCUGUGGGGCGACCUGGUUGGAAGUGGUGCUGGUGUUGCAAGGUGUCAUUGCUGGUGGUUGAGCUUAUGUGGCGUGUGUUAAAUUUUCGCAGGCAGGAGUCGUAUGUGUGUGCUGUCUAGAGCUUGUGCGCAUCAUUCAAGUGUCAGCCAGAAGUUAGGAUUAUAGGUAAUGCAAGCAGGUUUGAAGGUUUCAUGCCAGUGUGGUGAGGGUGCUGGGCAGGGAGAGCUGACAAGGAGCUAGCAGUUGCAAAGGAUACUGCUGCAGGCUCUAGAUACUGUAUGAGGGAGAAGAAAGCAGUUGGCAUGGGCUAAGGCAUGUGGAAGCAGAAACAGUCCAAGACUUUCGUGUGGAGAGCUGUAUUUCAUGCACAGGUUGCUUGAGGCAUCGACCAUGCGCGCGCGGGGGUGCAGAUCAGACGUUUCGAGGUCAAAGCCGCUGCACACCGCACAGCUUCAAGACAGCGCGGGGCUCGAGUAGGGAGAGGCUUAGGUCAUGUUGCAAACGGCGCGACCAGCAUUCCCCUGUAACGAUUCUGCUCUGCUACUUGAGCGUUGAUUUGGUCGCGCUGCGUGUGUGGGUGUGUGGGUUCCAUGAUGGGUAAGGGAAGGACCCGGCACGGAACCGAACUGUGCCCAGGGCAGGUCGCUCGAGACAAAUGCAUAACAUGAAAGUUCCAUCGCGUA